AUGGUUACACGAUCGAGGCUUGUGCAAGUGCUGCGGGCGCCCAACCGGCGGAUUGGCGCAAUUGGCAGUGCUAGUUUUUUGACUAGCCAUUCAGCUGCUUCAGCUCGAUGCUUUGUGACUUCGGUGCCCAGACUGCUGUCUCAAUCACAUGCAGCCCAGCACCUGGCAAAGCUCACCACCGACACCUACCCUGAAAUCAAGAGGGAUGCCAAGUUUGCGUCACUGACGGCAGAGGAUGUUGCUUACUUCAAGAACCUCCUCGGUGGCGAUCAGGCCGUGAUUGAUGGCGUCAAUGCAGCGGCUGAGGACGAUCUCAAGCCCUUCAACGAGGAUUGGAUGCACAAGUACCGAGGCCAAAGCAGGCUCGUUCUCAAGCCAGGAUCGACUGAGGACGUCAGCAAUAUCUUGAAAUACUGCAACGACAAGAAGCUGGCCGUCGUGCCGCAGGGUGGUAACACUGGGCUGGUGGGCGGCUCGGUGCCUAUUUUCGACGAAAUCGUCAUCAAUAUGGGUCGUAUGAACAAGAUUCACUCCUUUGACGAGGUCAGCGGCUCUCUCGUGUUGGAUGCGGGAUGCAUCUUGGAGGUAGCCGAUCAGUACCUCGCCGAAAGAGGAUAUAUUUUUCCCCUCGACCUGGGAGCCAAGGGAUCAUGCCAUGUAGGCGGUAAUGUUGCCACCAACGCAGGCGGUCUGCGAUUGCUGCGCUACGGAAGUUUGCAUGGAACUGUUUUGGGCAUGGAAGCUGUGCUGCCGGACGGCACCGUCAUGAAUGACAUGUGCGCUCUACGCAAAAACAACACGGGCUACGACUUGAAGCAGCUGUUUAUUGGCGGCGAGGGAACCAUUGGCAUCAUCACCAAGCUGGUCAUCCAGUGCCCGCAGCGCUCGGCUGCUGUCAAUGUGGCCUUUUUUGGCGUCGAUUCCUUCAAGAAGGCGCAGCUCGCCUUUCGAGAAGCCAAGCAGCAGCUGGGAGAAAUCCUCUCGGCCUUUGAACUGAUGGAUUCUCGCAGCCAGCAGAUUGUACACGAGAUCAAAGGAGAAGAGCGACCGCUGGAGGGCGAUCACCCAUUCUACUGUCUGAUUGAGACCAGCGGCUCCAAUGGCGAUCACGACAAUGAGAAGCUGGAAAAGUUCCUCGAAGACGUCUUGACCAAGGAAAUCGUGACGGAUGGCGUCGUCGCGCAAGGUGAGUCGCAGGCCAAGGCGCUGUGGAGCUGGCGUGAGAGCAUCACCGAGUGCAUUGGACAUGGCGGUGGCGUCUACAAGUACGAUGUCUCGAUCCCACUGGCAGAGAUGUACUCGCUCGUCGAGGAUGUGAGGGAGCGCAUGGGGGAGGCUGGUCUGAUCGGCGAUGCCGAGGAGCACCCGGUGAGCGCAGUGGUGGGCUACGGUCAUAUGGGUGACUCUAACCUGCAUCUGAAUGUGGCUGUAAGACGGUAUGACGCCAAGGUCGAGGAGGCUCUGGAGCCUUUUGUGUACGAAUGGAUUGCGAAGCGGAAUGGCAGCAUCAGCGCCGAGCAUGGAUUGGGAUUGGCCAAGAAGAACUUCGUCAACUACAGCCGGAACGACACGGUGAUUGGCCUGAUGAAGCAGAUUAAGAACCUGUAUGACCCGAAUGGCAUUAUGAAUCCGUACAAAUACAUUUGA